AUGCCUGUUAUGGUGUCAUUAAUGAAAAGAAGACCUGAUAUCUAUCAGUCAGAAAUAUGUAUUAUCUGUAACAAAAAAAAAGAGAUAUUGGAACAUGUAUUGAUCUGCUCCUCUUUAGAACCUAUAUGGAAAAAUAUUGAAAAU